GGUUCUCUUCAUGUUGCUUCUCCAAGUACGCACGCGUACACAUGAAACCAUAUAUUGUAUAAAUUAAUAGAUAAAUCUACUGAAAGGCGGCACAGUCCCAUUCCGUCAUUAGUUUCUUUGUUAUUCCAACAAACCCAGUUUUUUCUGACCGUUUUCUCUCUGCCGACCAAGAGGGGGGGGGGAGAGUGAGAGGGUGGUUUUUUAAUUCCUUCCUCAUUUGCUUUUGCUGCGGCGGAAGAUUGCCCGGUCUUGUCUGGAGCCAACAAUAACUAUAGACGGGACUCUGUUGGUGGCUUCAGAUAUUUAGAGCUUCCUUCUUUCCUUUUCCUUGUCUGUUGUGUGGAAUCGUCUUGUGAAAGUGAAUGGGCUGUUGCAUCAUUCAGUCGGGUGUUUCUUUUGGGGCGUUCGACGCUUCCGAUUUCCAAUCUGGGAAGUGGUAUUCCAGGCUUUUGGAUAUUCAGGUCCCAACAUUCUAAUGGAAAGGGAAGAUCUAUAUGUGCAUUUUGUUCCUCCCGGAUUGUCCCAUUAACACAAUGAUAACAUUAGGACAGGGUAUGCUAAUGUUUUCCUUUCUUUUAUAUGUUUCUGUCACCAAUGGGGCUUGCAACUGUGAUGAUGAGGAUGCCAUCUGGGGUGUUGAGAGCAUUUUGCAAUGCCAGAAGGCAAGUGAUUUCCUUAUUGCACUUUCUUAUUUCUCAAUCCCACUUGAGCUCCUGUAUUUCAUAAGCUGUUCAAACGUUUUCCCUUUUAAGUGGGUGGUUGUUCAGUUUGGAGCGUUCAUAGUUCUCUGUGGUAUGACACAUUUGUUAACUGUAUGGACCUAUGCCCCACACUCUUUCAACCUCAUGCUGUCACUUACCAUCUUCAAAUUCCUUACUGCGUUGGUCUCUUGUGCAACUGCUAUUACCCUAGUUACUCUCAUUCCUCAACUCUUAAGAGUGAAGGUUCGUGAAGUUUUUCUAAAGCAGAAAGCUCGAGAGCUUGACAGGGAGGUGGUGAUAAUGAAGAAACAGGAAGAAACAAGUUGGCAUGUCCGGAUGCUCACACAAGAGAUCCGGAAAUCACUUGACAGACAUACCAUCUUGCAGACUACUCUGGUUGAGCUAUCAAAAACUCUAGUACUUCAAAAUUGUGCAGUUUGGAUGCCCAAUCCUCAGAAAACAGAAAUGAUUUUGAUGUAUGAAUUCAAAAACCGAAAUUUAAAGCUUUCUAUUCCAGUUAGCGAUCUAGAUAUCGAAUGCAUAAAGGCGACGAAGGGUGCAAAGAUUUUGAUGCCUGAUUCAGCACUUGCAGCAGCAAGUAGUUGUGGCUUGGCAGCAGAGGGAGGGGUUGCUGCCAUCAGGAUGCCAAUGUUAAGAGUUUCAAACUUCAAGGGAGGGACUCCUGAAGUUGUUGAGGCUUGUUAUGCUAUUCUUGUUCUGGUUCUUCCUUUCGGAUGCUCACACCCUUGGAGUGACCAAGAGUUGGAGAUAGUGGAGGUUGUCGCUGAUCAGGUAGCCGUUGCAUUAUCUCAUGCUGCAGUUCUGGAGGAAUCACAGUUAAUGAGAGAGGAAUUGGAGGCACAAAAUCGAGCUCUGCAGCAGGCAAGAAGUAAUGCCAUGAUGGCAAGCCAAGCACGGAACUCAUUUCAAAGAGUGAUGAGUAAUGGUAUGAGAAGGCCUAUGUACACCAUAUCUGGCUUGCUCUCAGUAAUGCAACGUGAUACUCUCAGUUCUAGCCAGAGGUUAAUCUUGGAUACAAUGGUUAAAACAGGUAGUGUCCUAUCUAAAUUGAUCAAUGAUGUGUUGGAGAUUUCAAACGUUGAUCAAGGUAGGUUGUCUCUGGAACUGAAAUCGUUUCAACUGCAUCCCAUGAUAAAGGAAGUGGCUGCUUUGGCAAAAUGUAUGUGUUCUUUAGGAGGUUUCGAGUUUGAGUUUGAGGUUGAAAGAUCAUUGCCCGAGAAUGUGAUUGGGGAUGAGAAACGCAUUUUUCAGGUGAUACUACAUAUGGUGGGAAGCAUGUUAGGUGGUAGCCAUGGAGGAGGAUUGAUUUCAUUUUAUGCCUACCUUGAAGAUGAGAGUGACCUAAACCAGGAACCUAGGUGGUCGCCUUGGAAGCCAGAGUUGCUUCCUAAUGGUUAUGUAUAUGUGAAGUUUGAAUUCAAGAAUCAGAAUUGUACAAGUGACGAAUCAACUUCUGGAUCAAGUGGGUUGACGAGGAAGAGCAGUGGGGAUGGGUCAUGUGAGGGCCUUGGAUUUACCAUGUGCAAAAAGAUUGUUCAGAUGAUGCAAGGCAACAUCUGGUUAGACAGAAGAGGCCUAGGUGAAAGCAUGAAUCUUGUGCUGAGAUUACAAGUUGAGCAGUCAAAGCCUUUGUUUAAUGAGCAUGCAUUGUCGGAGCAUCUUAGAUCCUCCAUCCUUAAAGGGCUAAAAGUGCUCAUUGUUGAUGGGGAUGGUCCCAACCGGGCAGCCACUCGCAUGAUGCUGGAGAAAUUAGGCUGCCGAGUUUCAGCUGUGGCAUCUGGUUUAGCCUGCCUAAGUGUCAUUGGCUGCAACAGCGACCCUUGGGACCCUUUCCAAGCGGUUAUAUUGGAUAUCCAGCUGCCAGAAGUGGAUGGGCUUGAAGUUGCUCGGCGGGUGAGGAAGACUAAUAUUAUGUGGCCGCUGAUAAUUGCUCUGACUUUAAGUGCUGAUGAUGGAUUAGAGGAAAAAUGCCUGCAGGCGGGAAUGAAUGGUGUUAUUAGAAAGCCAAUCUUGUUGGAUGCCAUGGGUGAUGAGCUCAUAAGGAUUGUCCAGCAUGGAAAUCCGAUUGUCUGAGACUCUGAGUGCAAUGAGAGCUUGGUUUGUGGAAAGAACAUAAACCCAGCAAUCAAGUGCACCCUGCUUACUGGUCCAGGCCUUUGAUUCUUUGGUUUGAAAUUUUUUGAGCCUUUAAAGUGAAUAAUGCUAGAACUUUCUAGGUUUCCUGAUUCUGCAAUUGCAGAGUGAACAUGCAGAGAGAGAGGGGGGAGAGAGAGAGAGUGAGUGAGAGAGAGGGUUUAGGUUUGCUUUUGUUCUUCCUAAAGAAAAUGCAGGUUUGUGAUGUAUAAAUCGGUUUAUUGAGAUUGUAUAAGCUAAAUACAUCAUUCAAUUGAAUAUAAUCAUGCUUUCUGUAA